GACUAAAUGUCACAUGGCAAAAUGUUGAGGUUAGGAACGACGAACGUAAUCAACAAUCAAUAACAAACAAAGCAACUUCUAACAAUUAGUUUAUAAUAUCGUUAAAAAAAAUGUCAGAGUGUAUAAUUUCCGAUAUCCAAUACAUCAGUUGUGCCUGUAAUCGUAUUCCCCAUUCGGCAGAUUAUGGAAAAAAUGGAAUUUUAUGUUACGGUGCUUGUAAUUCCAUAGCAAUCUGUGAUUUUAAUACGAAAACAACAGGAAAAGUUAUUAAAACACUUGUUCGUCACACAAAUAAAGUGAAUGUUGUACGAUGGAUUAAAUUUACAUCAGGAAAACCAGAGACAGAAUUAAUAUCCGCCUCCUCCGAUGGCACGGUCAUUAUUUGGAGUAAAAAUGAAAACAAUUACGAACCAACAAGUACAAUAAAUGUCAACGAUCCUGUUUCCAUUUGUCACGCUGUCUAUACAAAUCAAGAGGGGACUUUAAAUCUUCUCAUAUGUACCGGUUCGACAAAUGGUGAUUUUAAAUUAUGGAAACGAAAUGCAACGGGGGAAAUUAUUUUACACCAGGAAUUUUCUUUUGGAAAACGAAUUCCCCUUCAGGCGUGUCUCUCCUCUCUACCGGAAAGUAAUAAGCCACUUUUAUUCGUUGCUCUUGAUGAUUUUACCAUUCAGGUGUUCACGACAAAUUCCUUGGAGAGUGAUUUAUUUAGAGUUAAGAAUUUAAUUGGUCAUGAGGAUUGGGUCACUUGUAUGGAUGUGAUGCAAGUGAAUGGUGAAACGUUCCUGGCAAGUGGAUCACAGGAUAGUUUCAUACGCUUGUGGAAAUUGUCAAAAAAGAUGGAAAAUUCGAAUCAAGAACUGACGACAAAAGCUGAAGAAUUUGAAGUUGACGGAAAGAAAUAUCAAAUUGUUUUGGAAUCAAUUCUAAGUGGCCACGAGGGUUGGGUUUAUGGUGUCAAUUGGCAUCCUGUGAUUGAAAAUAAUGGGAAAGUUACGCAACCGAUGAAAUUGUUAUCUUGUUCGUUGGAUAAAAGUAUGGUCGUUUGGGAACCGAACGAAAGCACUGGAAUUUGGAUGGAAACUGUUCGUGUUGGUGAAGUGGGCGGAAAUUCUGUGGGAUUCUAUGGAUGUAAAUUCGGAGCGAAUGGAAAUGAAAUAAUAGCUCACGGCUAUCAGGGAUCGUUUCAUAUUUGGCGAUUUGAUGAGAACGGAAAAAAUUGGAUUCCCCUCUCGGCACCCAGUGGACACUUUGGAGAAGUUGUCGAUUUGGCCUGGGAUCCUAGAGGAAGAUUUUUGGUGACAGUUAGUAUCGAUCAAACAACAAGAAUUCACGCCCCAUGGAGUGAAAAUUUGCAAAAUUGGCACGAAAUCGCUCGACCACAGAUUCACGGUCACGACAUGUCCUGUCUGACAAUGUUGGCACCCCAUAAAUUCGCCUCUGGUGCCGAGGAGAAAGUCGUUCGUAUCUUCACGUCUCCCCUGACAUUUAAAACAUGUUUGGAUAAAAUUUCCUACGCCGAUGAUUUUAAAGGAGUCCUAGCUGAGAAUGCAUCAUUACCUGCCCUCGGCCUAAUGAAUAAAGCAAUUUUCGAACAGGAUUUGAAAGAAAUAGAAACUCACGCUGGUAGUUCGCGUGAUUUAAAAUACGAACGACCGCCAGUCGAGGAGGAACUCAUACAACACACACUCUGGCCAGAAGAACAAAAACUCUACGGACACGGCUACGAAGUCUUCACAAUGUCAGCCAGACACGAUGGCAAUCUACUGGCAACUGCCUGUAAAUCCGCGAAUCCCGAGUACGCCGCAAUUAUAAUUUGGGAUACAAAAACAUGGCGACAAUUGCAAAAAUUAAUCGCCCAUCAAUUGACAGUGACACAACUUUCUUUCUCACCGAACGACAAAUAUUUGCUGUCAGUCUCUCGUGACAGACGAUGGUCUUUGUUUAGUUUUGACAAUGGCAAAUACGAUUUAAUUGCAGCGAGUCUAAAGAAGGACAGUCUUCAUGGAAGGAUAAUCUGGUGCUGUGCGUGGUCGCACGAUUCGAAAUAUUUUACAACAGGUUCACGAGAUGGUAAAAUUGGAAUAUGGAGUGAAAAUGUCCAUUUGAAUAAACCUCAUCAACCAGUGACGAGUUUCGAAGCAAAUAUUUCCGUGACAGCUCUUGCAUUCGCGCCGAUUUCACUCUCCUUAGACGUCUACAUUCUUGCGAUAGGAUACGAGAAUGGAGAGAUAGAAAUAAGAAAAAUUACACUCACAGAAAACGAAUCAGUCUGGGAACUAUUGGCAAAAUAUGAUUCAUCAUUCGCUCAUCAUUUGACUGUGAAACGUCUUCAGUUUCGUCCAAUAGAAAAUAAAAAGGAGACAACUUUGCAAUUAGCAAGUUGUGGAUCAGAUCAUAUUGUUAAAAUUUACAGUUUUGAUGUUCAAUAUUUGUAAUAUAUAAAUUAUGAAGUAAUAAAAUUUUUACUUUUCUUUGAAA